AUGUCGAACCUUCCGCCAGUACUCAUCAACGAGGCUACUCUGGCGAGGUUCUUUACACGUUAUCUGUUGGAAUGCAAGGUUUCUAAACAGUGGAAGACCAGCAAGACCGUGUUGUUGUAUAAAAAGGGAGAUCCACAUGACAUCGGCAACUGUCGUCCAAUCUGUUUACUGUCCGUCAUCUACAAGUUCUUUACAAAAGUGAUCCUUAAUAGGAUUGAAAAAUUCUUGGAUGAAGGACAGCCAUGCGAGCAAGCAGGGUUUCGAAAAGGAUUCGGCACGAUUGACCAAAUUCACACUGUUUCGAAACUCAUCGAGGUAUCACGAGAGUACAAGAUGCCGCUCUGUCUCACCUUCAUCGACUUGAAGAAGGCCUUCAACUCGGUUGAGACGGAAGCGGUCGUGGAAGCCUUGGACAACCAAGGCGUCCCUACUCAGUACAUAAAGGUACUUAGAGAGUUGUACAGUAACUUCAUGACCGGAAUUGCGCCAUUCUACAAGAAUAUCAUCAUUGACGUGAAGAGGGGGGUCCGACAGGGUGAUACAAUUUCACCCAAAAUAUUCACAGCCACCCUCGAGAAAGCAAUGCGAAAGCUGGAAUGGGACGAUUUGGGAGUGAGGGUUGAUGGUCGGCAGCUACACUAUUUGCGCUUUGCUGAUGACAUUGUACUGAUAACAUCCAGCAUCAGCCAAGUGGAAGGAAUGCUGACCGAAUUCGACGAAACAUGUGAAUGCAUCGGUCCUCAGCUGAAUCUGCAAAAGACGAUGUUCAUGCGCAACGGAUGGGUCUCGGAUGCCCCAUUCACGUUCAACAUGACGAACAUAUCCGAAUGCACCAGCUACCACGUUUAUCUAGGUCGGGAAUUGAACAUGAUGAACGACCUGACCCCCGAGCUGGGCAGGAGGAGAAGAGCGGCUUGGAGAGCGUACAAGAGCAUCGAAGAUAUAGUGAAGAAGACCAGGAACGCCCGGCUCCGUGCUCACCUCUUCAACACCACCGCUUUGCUGCUGCUUUCACCUAUGCUUCGGAAACCUGGGCAUUUUGCAAGCAGGAAGAAAACGCGGUGA